CGAGUUGAGCCGGCCCGGUCAGGCCCGGCACCGCGUCAGUCCAGUCCAGUCCCUCCAGUCCACGACAACAUCCCGGCCGGCCGGCGAGACCCCCCAGCCCGCUCCGCGCGCUCCGCUCCCGUGGACCUCCCCGCCGAAGCGACGCUCCCGCCGCCCAGUCCCGCAGCAUGGCGCUGCUCCUCGCCGCCCUGGUCGCAGUGUCGUGGGGGCACGCCGCCGGCCUGGACGUGGGCGAGACCUGCACCCACGCGGCCAAGGGCGUUGCGGGGACCUGCAAGCUCGUCCCGGACUGCCCGUCCGCCGUCGCGGACCUCGAGAAGCAGAUCAAUCCCCAGAUCUGCGGCUUCGCGUCCGGGUCGCGGAGGGCCAUCGUGUGCUGCCCCAACCAGGACGACGACGUGACGCAGCGGGAGCAGGCCGGCAGCGUCGCCCGGAGGAUGUGCUUGCAGUACGCGUCGGACGCCAGCCAGAAGGGAUACUGCCGGCUGCAGAACCUCUCCAGACCGUCUGUGCAGAAGCUCAUCGUCAACGGCGUCCCGGCCGCGCCCAGGGAGUUCCCGCACAUGGCCCUGCUGGGCUACGGGCCCCCCGAGUCCGUGACCUACGCCUGCGGCGGGUCACUCAUCUCAGAGCGCUGGGUGCUGACGGCCGCCCACUGCGUAUCCAACCAGAAGGGGGUGGUGUCGCAGGUGCUGCUCGGCGACCUGGACAUCUCCACGGAAGAGGACGACGCGCGGCCCCAGGUCUUGCGCGUCGGCGAGCCCGUGCGCUUCCCCGAGUUCAAGGCCAAGCUGCGCUACCACGACAUCGCGCUCCUGCCGCUGGUCAAGCCCGCCGUCAUCAGCGAGUACGUGCGGCCCGCCUGCCUGUACGCGGACCGACUCGCGCCCGGCACCAACGUGACCGUGUCCGGGUGGGGUGUCACCGACUUCGUGCACCGGCGCCGGCGCCGCCAAGUACUGGAGGAGGCACCAACUUCAACGAAUCAGUCUAACGACGAGCUGAACCCUGUGAUGCUCAAGGCGAAGCUCAACGUAGUGGAAGUGUCCACGUGCAACCAGAGCUACAAUGGCGUCGCUGGGACUCCUGGCAGCAAGAUCCCCAACGGCCUGCAGGACCACCAGAUGUGCGCCGGCUCCCCCAAGAAGUCCGACGCCUGCCAGGGCGACUCGGGCGGGCCGCUGCAGGUCUUCACGGAGAGGAACCCCUACUGCAUGCAGCACGUCGCCGGGGUCGUGUCGUUCGGCAUCUUCUGCGGCAACAAGGUCCCCGGCGUCUACACCAGAGUGGGCUUCUACAUGAGGUGGAUCGAGAAGACGGUGUGGCCGAACGCCAAGGUCGUGUACCGCGGGCCCGACAAGGAGAACGUCACGAGCGUCCCCGACCCCUGAAGGCCCGGCCCCCGGCCACUCCCCGGCCCGACCGGCCACCCGUACGACGCGAGUGCCGCAUGGGUGGCCUGCCCACCGGGCUGCCCAGCCCACCGGGCGCUGAGAAGGGAGGUCGGGAGGUUGGCUGUGUAAUAAUGUGAUGUCCUAUCCUGGACAUAUUUCUGAAACUCGUAACUUUUCUGCGUACAUUGUGUGCAGUUUAGGUCGUGUCUUUUUAAAGUGGAAAUGUCGAUCGGAGUAUUGGACAUGUCAUAUCAGCUGAUUGCAGUCCAUGACGGAAAAAAUGAGCUGAGCAGUAAGCGUGAUGCACGCGUUGGCUGCCGGACCAAGGAUAAAGCAAUAAAUUUCAAUGCAUUAA